AUGAUCAAGACGCCAGGUCUCAUGUCUUGUACUAACCGAAGUGUGGCUGAAACCAGCCUCAAGCGUCAGCUUCAGCGGUUCGAGCAUCACCCAGAAGUUCUGAAGGAGUACCAUGCCACCAUCAGCGAGUACUUCAAAGAAGGCCAUGCGGAAAGAGUAGUGCCGUCGGCACCCCUUGGACAGACCGUCUACUACCUGCCUCACCAUGCGGUAGUCCGACGUGGGGCCGUGACAACAAAGGUUGGCGUUGUGUUCGAUGCAUCAUCGCAUGAAUACGGUGAACCGUCUUUGAACCACAUGCUCGAUAAAGGCAUCAAGCUGGGUCCUGAACUCCUGCAGCUACUCUUGCAGUUUAGGAGCAGCAAAUUCGUUCUCACCGCGGAUAUCCGAAAGGCCUUCCUCCAGAUAUAG